UAUCAAAUCAUUUAUUUAUCACACAUCUUGGAAGCCUAAUAAUAAGCUAAGAACUAGCUAGCCCUAGCCUUAGCCAUGGCCACCACCACCACCGUCUUCUCCCUCCUCCUCCUCCUAGCCACACUCGCCGCCGCAUGCGGCGCCGUUCCGUGCAAGCAGCCGGCGGGGGCAAUCCCAAUUACAAAGCCGCCGCUGCAGGGUACCGGUCACAGGGGGUUGCCGGUGAACCCGUACUGCCCGAGGGACACCCUCAAGCUGGGGGCGUGCGCCGACCUUCUGGGAGGGCUGGUGAGCGUGGAGAUCGGCCACGCGCCGACGAGCCCCUGCUGCACCUUCCUUGAAGGCCUGGCGGACGCGGAGGCGGCGGCCUGCCUCUGCACCGCCCUGAAGGGCAACGUCCUCGGCCUCAACAUCCAAGUCCCCGUCGCUCUAAGCGCCCUCGUCAGCGCUUGCCAGAAGACCAUCCCUCCCAGCUUCAAGUGCCAUUAAUUAUUCAUUUAAAUAAAUUAAAUCCCAAGAU